UCGCUAUUCCACACCACUUCGUCAAUUUUCCAUAUUAGUAUGUACAAAGGGUAAAAUACUUAUUUUUCCUGACUAUACAACGUGGCAGUGUUUCAUCUUACUUAAGCCGUCCCUCCGCUGACGCCCCUGCAGGUCCGCAUGGCUGUAAGCCUGACGACGCUGCUGGUGCUGUACACGCUCUACGGAAAUGCCUCGGAGGCUCUUCCGGCCACCGCCUACGUGAAGAUGAUCGACGUGUGGUUCUUCUUCUGUAUCUUCCUGCUCUUCUUCGUCAUCGUCGUCCACGUCAUCGCGGAGCAUCUGGUCAACAUGGCUGGGGUGACCCUCGACUAUCCCUUAUCGGUAAGGAGGAACAAGAUGAGCGCGCGCCCAUCCUCUCCUGUGGCUGACCGAAUUAUCAUAAUGGCGAGGACUUACCUGAUUCCUAUGGUCAUCAUCCUCUUCAAUUGCAUCUACUGGGGCAUCAUAUUUGGCACCGAAUAAUUACCGAUCUCUGUCACCCGCGACUGAUUAGCGUAAUUUCACACGUAAGGGUGAGCAACGAAUUUUAUCUAGGAACCCUGUCUAUAUAAAACUUCAAUGCAUGUUGUUUUUUCCACAUUCACUGUGUGUAGACGGAGAAAUAAAAUUUAUAUA